CUUGUGCUGGGAGCUGGGCACACUUGGGUGGGCGGGGCCAGCGGGCUAGGGCGGAGGAGACCAGCAGGAGAGUCGCUCCCCAGUAGAACCCGUUCCCCUUUGGGGACUGGAAUGGACCCCAGCAGGCCUGAGCGUCAGUAUCUCUGAAACCCACCAGGAGAGCACGGGUCUCACCCAUCCCGCGCCCCUCCAGUGCUGGUCCAGGGAGGGUAUGUCGACACUGCAACUAGACCCCCCGUGGCUGGCCUAUGCCAGAUGACUCCAGCUUGCAGGCUGGUUAAUUGCCCUGUAGAUAGUUGUUUGGGCUGUGACUGAAGGCUGAGCUCUGGGACCCUGCAAAGUGAGGGGGUCCUAAAGAUCGAGCUCCAGCUGGAGCCGGGAAGUCUACACAGUAAUGAAACAGCGCUGCCUCUGUGCAGUGGAGCCAACCCUGCUGAUGACCUGUUACUUGCUCUCCUAUAAUUUUAACCUCUGAGACUACCGUCAAGUUUUAUGCUUAAGGGGAAGCAGUGCCUGCUGCUGUCAGGAAUUGUAACCACCUACCAAAGAGCAAACUAGUGCAACUCCUUUGACUUCAGCAGAGCUGCAUUUGUAUUCAAUGACUGAAUCUGACCUCUGUUUUUAAGACAAUACCAACAGGACAGUCUUUUCAGCUAAUCUGGAAUUGUUGACAUACUUCCAUUUCCAGUUUGUUUAUAAAAUAGUUAGAUGGAAUUUAAAAUUGAACACACAUGGGACAGUUUACCAGUGAGUCAUGAGCCAGUAACUGUCAGGCUGAAGUCAGGCGGUGCAGGAUUGCUGAUGGAAGUAAGUGCUCCCUUCUUUAAUGAUCCUCCAGCACCACUUGGAGAGCCAGGAAAGCCUUUCAGUGGACUGUGGGACUACGAGGUUGUAGAAGCAUUUUUCUUCAGUGAGACAACUAAGCGGUACUUAGAAGUUGAACUCUGUCCUAGAAAUGUUUUCACUAAUAAUCAUCAGACAAAAUCACUGGAGUGUAAAACGAGUGAGUUGGAAUACAAGAUUACAAAUACCUGGGACAGCAUAAAGGUGAUGCAUGAGCCAGUGAUCAUCAGAUUUAAGGCAGGUGACCAAGGAUUAAUAAUGGAAGUGAAUUCCCUGUUCUUUGAUGACCCUUCUGCCCCAUCUGGUGAGCCAGGAAAGCCUUUUGAUGGACUCUGGGAUUACGAAGUUGUUGAAUCCUUUUUUCUGAAUAGUGAGACUAAAGACUAUCUAGAAGUGGAACUUUGCCCGCAUGGACAACAUCUUGUAUUAUUGCUCUCUGGAGGAAACUGUUUUGAAAAAGGACUUGACUUGAUAUUUAAAGCAGACAUAAACUGGGACAAAUGGAAUGGCACAGCACUUAUUCCUUGGAGGUAUUUCCCACCUGGUGUUGACAAGAUGAAUUCAUAUGCCAUCCAUGGGUCUGGGAUUGGAAGAACAUAUGAGGCACUUUAUCCAAUACCUAGAGAGGAUAUUGAACUGGGACAGGGGCCUAAUUUCCAUCGUCUGGAGUAUUUCAAAAGGUUCAGUCUAAAGUGGAUUAUGGGAGAGAACUGGGAGCAACCUGCAUCAGACCUGUGGAAAUAGCUUAAUCAGUGUCUACAAUCAAGUAACUUUCUAAAUCACAAACACAGUUAUUAAAAAACAAAACAAACUCUAACAAAAAACAACCCCCCCCCCUCCAACUACUUAAAAGUCUAUUUUCAAAUUGCUGGAACUAAGUUGUAUUCUGUCACGGCUUCAAAUUGAUGUGGCAAUUAAAAUAAAUAAUUUAA